AUGCCGGGCCCGCCGGGGAGCGGCGGUGGGCUCCCGCAGUCCACGAGACCCGGCCGCGACGCAGCCGUCGAGUACGCGCCGGAGCCGACGCGCCCUGAUGGCGUCAUGGGCACCUACCCAACGGGGGCGCACUUCCACCCGAACGCCACGUUCGGCGGGCCAGUGAGCCCUCCUGCCCACCCCGCGGAGCACGGCGAAUCGAACGGGGCGUAUCCAGGCACGGCGCCGGGCGGCGGACCGGCGGCGCAGCGUCGCGCCGACGCCCCGGGCCCGCCGCCGCUGAUCAAGCCGAUGCAAGUGUGCUGCGGCUGCGUCGAGCUGCGCUCGGCCGUCAUCACGUGCGCGGCGGUGCAGGCGGCGUGGUUUUUCCUCGAAGGGAUCUACGCGCUGCACGCCGUGGACAAGGACGACGUCAGCAAGUACGACAACGCCAUGCCGGACGACGCGAAGGGUCUCCUGACCUUUUACGGCCUGUGGGCCUUUAUGUACAUCCUACCGGCGUCGAUACUCGGCAUCGUGGCCUGCGCGUUCACCCGCCCGAUCACCGAAUACCGCCCCUGGGUCCUCAGGCUGACGAAGGUGUACGCGUGGAUGAUGGUCGGCCACAUGGUGUUCGUCCUCACCAUCAACAUCGCCGUCAAGGGCGUGCAGCGCUACAGCCUGGAACAAGAGCGAUACGCGGAGGAGAACCCGGGGUUCGAAUACGGCACCUCGCGGGGCCUGUGGACGUUCGAACAGGUGCUCUGGUGCAUCGUGCUGGCCAACCUGGGGAUCUACUUCACGUACGUCCCCUGGAGCUACAACACAAAGCUCCAGCAGCAGGCGCGGGGGGUGUUCGACGGUUACCCCGUGCUGCACCGGCAGGCAGACGAGAUGGGCAUCCCGCGGCCCGGAUUCAUCGGGUCGCGGAACCGCAUGGACGGGCCGUACGCGCAAACACAUCCCCCGGGGACCAUUCAGAUGGCGGGCGCGCCCGGAGCGGCACCGAUGCACCCGGGCAUGAUGCCGCCGCCCCCGCCGUACCCGGGCCCGCCGAGCAGCGGGCCGUACGGCGGGCCCCCGCCGCAGCCUGCGCCAGGCGUCGUGGGGAGCUAUCCGCCAGCGUUUGGGUACGGUGGUGGGCAGGGCAGGGAUGGGCCGGCGGUGGGAGUGCCUGUGGCGGCGCGGAGGCCGCAGGAGGGCGUCGCGGGGGCGCAGAACGGGGCGGGGUCGGGUGGGUACCCGGGUGGAAAGGGGGGUGCGGGCCCCGAUGUGUAG